CGAAGCCCAGAUCACAAAAAGCUUCCUUCUUUGAUUUUGAUUAUAUUAUUAAGCACAACCCCACAAAUUUUUUUCUUACCCUUUAAUUUAUUUCCCGACAUGCAAGGUGUAUGCAUACAUGUCAGUAUUUGCAGAUGCGAUCCAAAUCUUUGACUCUUUUUGUUCAAGUUGUGGAUCUUUUCUGGGUCCGAAAUUAAUCUGGGACACGCAAUUUGCGGGGACAGCUUUAACGGGUAUUUCUCCACGUUAACAGGUUAGUUUGUCUGAAAAUGAUGCAAUUAUUGGUAGGUUAGUUUGUCUGAAAAUGAUGCAAUUAUUGGUAGUUUGAGAGGGAUUGGUUUUAGAUUCAAUAUUUCAUGCAAUGGGGUGGGAAUUCUCGUUUCAUCUGCGUGUUACAGUUAUUCGGUCGGUUGUACUGUUUAGAAUCCCUUUUCGAUCUUGAAAUCUCUUUUUGCUCAUCCGGGGAUUGGAGCUCUGAUGUUGGAGAGUGAGACAAUUGCAGAAAAGCUUGGGAGAUAGACUUCUAGUUAGGAGAUAGAGCGUAGGGUGUUCUAUACACUUGAUAUUUGAGUGAAGACUAUGGUGCCUGGAGCCAUUAUCUGCAAGGAAGCAAUUGCAAUUGAACCUCGAAUCGAAUUUGUGGAUUAUGACAUGUCAACUUCAAAUGUGGAGUUAAGGAGUUCCCCGUUCAGAAAAAUUGCCACUGGUCUAGGUGGAAAUCUUGGAACAAAUUCAAACAAUGAUGUCCAAGAGUUACUCGAGUGUCCUGUUUGCAUGAAUUUAAUGUAUCCUCCAAUUUAUCAGUGUCCAAAUGGCCACACCCUAUGUUCAACGUGCAAAGCCAGAGUACACAACUCUUGCCCAACUUGCCGCCAUGAGCUUGGAAACAUAAGGUGUUUGGCCCUGGAGAAAAUAGCUGAGUCACUGGAACUUCCUUGCAAAUACCAGAUUCAAGGUUGCAAUGACAUCUUUCCAUACUACAGCAAGCUCAAGCAUGAGAAAAACUGCAAAUAUCGGCCGUACAGUUGCCCAUAUGCUGGAGCAGAAUGUCCUGUCACUGGUGAUAUCCCAUUUCUUGUUUCACAUCUCAAGAAUGACCACAAGGUUGACAUGCAUGAGGGGUCUAGUUUCAACCACAGAUAUGUCAAAUCCAAUCCCCAAGAAGUUGAAAAUGCUAUCUGGAUGCUAACGGUUUUCAAUUGUUUUGGCCGACAAUUCUGUUUACACUUUGAGGCUUUUCACCUAGGGACGGCACCUGUUUACAUGGCCUUCUUGCGCUUCAUGGGUGACGAAGAUGAGGCAAGGCAAUUCAGCUAUAGUCUAGAAGUAGGUGGGAAUGGCAGAAAGCUUAUGUGGCAAGGAAUCCCUAGAAGCAUCCGUGAUAGCCAUAAAAAAAUUCGAGACAGUCAAGAUGGACUGAUAAUUCAAAGGAACUUGGCACUCUUCUUCUCAGGUGGUGAUAGGCAGGAGCUGAAGUUGAAAGUAGCAGGCCGUAUUUGGAAAGAACAGUGAGAUAAUCAAGAUACAAUAGCUAUUAUACCUUUGUUAAAAAGUGUACCAGAAAGUAGUUUAAAGCUGGUUGGAAAUUCAUGCAUUUCUCUGUAAAUUUUGUAGAUAAAGAUGGUUUGUGGGACAACUUCUAUUUGCAAGGAAUUGAUAUUUAGUCCUAUUAAACACCUGGAUUCUGA